GAAAGCAAAUAGGUACGAAACGCUAUCGUUUUUAAUCUUCUCCUCUUCUCUCUCCCUCCGUUUCUUCUUUUUCUCAUUCUCUACAAAGAAUAACUCUCCAGUUGCUCUAACAAUUUCACAACACAAAGAUAUAUACAGAGGAGAGGGCUCCCUCAACACAAUCUAAAAACGCCUCUUAUCGCGCGUAUUUCACACUCUCUCAAUCCUAAUUUAAUCAAAUUCUGCAACUCUUAUUCCAUCUCUGGAUUGGAUCCCUAUUAUCACUGGCACCUGUUAAUCCUAAAUACAACAGACAUACUGCACCUCUAAAACGCGUCGUUUGGUCCAUAAGUUAGCUCCAUUGCAGAGGAAUGCAUUUGGACUUCUGCUGGUCAGGCUUUGAAAGGCAUAGAAGAUAUUUGGAAGUUCUCAGGAUUAUCAUUCUGGCUAAGUUAAUUUAGCACAUUACAAAAAAAGUUACUGUAUAUCAAUUUGGUGGUCUUUAUUACACGAAUAUGGCUCUGCGGAAGUACAUUCCUUCAGAUGAUGCACCUUCUCUUGGAAUGAAGCCUUUGAGAUUUUCUAAGAAGGCACAUGAGAAUGGUCAAGAUGCAGAUGCAGAGACAAGAGUGCCACAUGAUGUGGAUAUUGACCUUAGAGAAGUGUACUUCUUGAUUAUGCAUUUUCUUUCAGCUGGGCCAUGUCACCGGACAUAUGGACAGUUCUGGAACGAACUUCUUGAACAUCAACUUUUGCCUAGGAGAUAUCAUGCUUGGUAUUCAAGGAAUGGGGCACAUAGUGGAGAUGAAAAUGAUGAUGGUGCAUCAUUCCCAUUAAGUUAUAAUAAGUUGGUGGAGAGGUAUCCUCAUGUGGAGAAGGAUCACUUGGUAAAGCUUUUGAAGCAGCUAUUACUCACAGAUGCUGCAUCACAAGGCUUAGCUGAUGAUAAUACAGAAUCUUCAUCACAAGGUUUAGUUGGUUCAAGGGUUCUAAAUGCUGCUCAUGUUCCUACACUUUUGGGAACGGGAGCGUUUUCACUUUUGAGUGAUGAUAAAGACAAGGGAGAAGAUCAAGUCAAGCAUCCUCCUGCCCAUAUGCGAUGGCCUCAUAUGUCUGCUGAUCAGGUUCGAGGGCUGAGUUUGAGAGAAAUCGGGGGUGGUUUUCCAAGGCAUCACCGUGCACCUUCUAUUCGUGCAGCUUGUUAUACUAUUGCAAAACCAGCAACUAUGGUACAGAAAAUGCAAAAUAUUAAGAGGCUACGUGGACAUCGAAAUGCUGUCUAUUGUGCAAUCUUUGAUCGAUCAGGGAGAUAUGUUAUUACUGGCUCUGAUGAUCGCCUUGUAAAAAUCUGGUCCAUGGAAACUGCAUUUUGCUUGGCCAGCUGUCGUGGACAUGAAGGUGACAUUACUGACUUGGCUGUGAGCUCCAACAACACUUUGGUGGCUUCUGCUUCAAAUGAUUGUAUAAUUCGUGUGUGGCGUUUGCCAGAUGGGCUUCCGAUAUCUGUUCUGCGGGGACACACUGGCGCUGUUACUGCCAUAGCAUUUAGUCCUAGACCAGGAUCUGUGUACCAGCUCCUCUCGUCAUCUGAUGAUGGAACAUGUAGGAUCUGGGAUGCUAGAUAUUCCAACUUCAGUCCACGGUUAUAUAUUCCUAGGCCUUUAGAUUCCUUAGCUGGAAAGAAUAGCGGUGCAUCCUCAAGCAGUGGUCCUCAGACUCAUCAAAUAUUUUGCUGCGCGUUCAAUGCUAAUGGGACUGUGUUUGUCACUGGAAGCUCUGACAAUCUUGCUAGGGUAUGGAAUGCUUGUAAAUCAAACAUGGAUGAUUCAGACCAACCAAAUCAUGAGAUAGAUGUAUUAUCUGGCCAUGGGAAUGAUGUCAAUUAUGUUCAGUUUAGUGGUUGUGCGGUGGCGUCUAGAUUGUCUCUCUCUGACAGCUCGAAGGAAGAGAAUGUUCCAAAAUUUAGAAACUCAUGGUUUUCUCAUGAUAACAUAGUGACCUGUUCUCGAGAUGGCAGUGCAAUGAUAUGGGUUCCAAAAUCACGUAGAUCUCAUGGGAAAGCUGGCCGCUGGACUCGAUUAUAUCAACUGAAAAUUCCUGCUCCUCCAGUGCCACCUCAACCUCCAAGAGGAGGUCCUCGUCAGAGAAUUUUACCAACUCCUCGAGGUGUCAACAUGAUCAUAUGGAGCCUAGAUAAUCGUUUUGUCCUUGCUGCGGUCAUGGAUUGCAGAAUUUGUGUUUGGAAUGCUGCUGAUGGUGGCAUAGUACAUUCUUUGACUGGUCAUACUGAUUCCACGUAUGUUCUGGAUGUUCAUCCUUUCAAUCCACGAAUUGCUAUGAGCGCUGGUUAUGAUGGAAGAACUAUAGUGUGGGAUAUAUGGGAGGGCACACCCAUCCGGAUCUAUGAAAUUUCGCGUUUCAAGCUAGUUGAUGGGAAGUUUUCACCGGAUGGCACAUCUAUUAUACUUUCAGAUGAUGUUGGUCAAUUAUAUAUAUUAAACACAGGCCAAGGUGAAUCCCAACAGGAUGCUAAAUAUGACCAGUUCUUCCUUGGUGAUUACCGGCCCGUGAUACAAGACACCUAUGGGAACGUACUUGACCAGGAAACUCAGCUUGUGCCAUACCGACGAAAUAUGCAAGAUCUCCUAUGUGACUCAGGAAUGAAUCCUUAUCCAGAACCUUAUCAGAGUAUGUACCAGAAGAGACGGUUAGGAGCUUUGAAUAUGGACUGGAAGCCACCUUCUAUAAAACUUGCUGUUGGGCCUGAUUUCAGUUUAGACCCAGAAUACCAAAUGCUGCCCUUGGCAGACUUGGAUGUAUUGGUUGAACCUUUGCCUGAGUUUGUAGAUGUCAUGGAUUGGGAACCAGAAAAUGAAGUUCAAAGUGAUGAUAAUGAUUCAGAGUACAAUGUCACUGAAGAAUACUCUAGUGGGGGUGAGCAAGGAAGUUUAAAUUCUAGUUCGUCAGUCGAUCCAGAUUGCAGUUCUGAAGGUAGUGAGAUCGAAGGCAAGGACAGCUUUCAUAGGUCUACUAGGAAAAAACAGAAAGCUGAAAUUGAGAUAAUGACGUCUUCAGGGAGGCGUGUUAAAAGGAGGAAUUUGGACGAGUGUGUUGGUAAUACCUUCAGAAGUCACCGAACAAGGAAAUCAAAGAUUGGUCGAAAAACUUCAAAGGCAAAGUCUUCCAUGUUAAAGGCUUUGAGACCUCAAAGAGCAGCUGCCCGCAAUGCUCUUAGUUUGUUUUCAAAAAUCACUGGAACAGCUUCAGGUGGAGAAGAUGGGGAUAGCUCAGAAAUUGAUUCAUCAGAAAGUGAAUCCAUGCAGCAGCAAUCAGACAUCCAGAGCGAUGAAUCAGAGAGAUCCUUGCAAAAUGCACAAAACAGGAAUAUGAAAGGGAAAGAAGUUUCAUUGGAAGAGUCUGAAAAUUUUGUGAAAUCUCACGAAUUUCCUGAAUCUCAUAUUAAUGCUGGAAAUAGGAGAAGAUUGGUUCUUAAACUGCCAGUUCGGGAUUCAACUAAGGUCUUAAUGUCAGGGAGUAGAAUACCUGACAGAAGCCAAGUUGCUCUAGUUGGUUCAUCCUCAUUGACAGCACCUCAAAUGGCCACUAGGGUAAAUGGGGUUCAUAUAAGAUCACAAGAUCUGGGAUCCUCUUCUAGUUAUACAAACUGCACCACUGUGAGAGGGAGAGGAAGAGAGCAAACAGAGAGCUGUUAUUUAGAUUUGUCCGAAGGAUACAAAAACGGGGACGUAAAGUGGGGAGGGGUCAGAGCCCGUACAGCUAAACGUCAGAGAUUUGGAGAAGCCGUGUCUUCAGCUGCAUGUUCCAGAUUUAGUAUAGGUCUUAGUGAUCCCAAAGAAAAAGAGAAUAAUGCUGAUGGAUUUUCAACUCAUAAUACUUGCAGCGUCUUAUCCCCUCCUCCUGAAGUUCAAGAUUGUGCCGGUAAGAUGGAUGAAAUGACAACUAAUGAGAGAGACACUGGGGCUGAAACCCCUCAGGCUGCAAAUAAUAUGCCCAAUGGUAAAGAGCACCCAAGUUUGAAUGGUUGCAUAGAUUUCAGUGAAUUACCUAAAUUGACUCACAUGGUCAAUGGGAACGACAACUCUUUUGAAAUUAACAAGGGUAGUACACCCAUCCCAACAAAGUUGCAGAUAAAGUUUAGGAAGAUUUCAAGAGACUCUUUUAGUCAGGAAAAUGAGGGGGUUGAUUUAUCACUUGAUAGCCCUGCAGGCAUGAGACAGAAUCCCAUUUCGGAAGUCCCUGAAUAUGAUAGAACCAAUAGAUUUGCUCCAGUUAAUGAACAUGAUGAGUUUCGGGAAUUAGAUGUUCAGAUUGAUGAAGGUUCUGUCGCCUCAUUGGAUGAUUCAAUGGGUUCCCAAUCACGUCCAAAAAAUAUGUAUAAUGUUGUUUAUAGAAGGUCAAAGUUAAGUAGAGAUAGAGCUAACUCAGAAGGUGAUAGUGGCAUCAGAGAGAGCAUUUCACAUUCUAUUACUGAGGAACACAGUGCCAGAUAUGACUUGAAUGAGAGGACUGAUGGAGCUCACAGGAGUCAUCUCAUGGGAUUACAGGCAGAAAUAGAUGAUCCAGUGAACUGUAUUAUGAAGUUGGGGCAGGAACUUAAGUCAGAGGAUACAAAUAGAAAUCUGCAUAAUGGUUCCACUAGCAGAUGUCAACUUUCUGGUAAAGAAUGGAGAUCAAGCUCAAGGAUGACAGUUGGAAUAAGAUCUACUAGAAGUAGGAGACCCAGUUAUCAUUUUCGUGAUGCAAGUCCAGUAAAUAGGAGGAAAUCACAUCAACCAGCCAAAAGAUCAUGGUUAAUGUUGUCCAUGCACGAGGAGGGCUCUCGUUAUAUCCCUCAGCUAGGGGAUGAAGUAGUAUAUUUAAGACAGGGGCAUCAGGAGUACAAAGAGGUAUGCAAAGACCAAAAUGUCUCAAAAGAACCUGGGCCUUGGAAGUCAGUAAAGGGUCAUAUAAGGGCAGUGGAAUUCUGCAAAGUUGAAGGACUGGAGUAUUCCACAACACCAGCUGGAGAUGGUUGCUGCAAAAUGACACUCAUAUUUGUAGAUCCUACUUCUGACGUGUUCGAGAAAACAUUCAAAUUAAGUCUACCUGAAGUUACAGGUUUCCCAGAUUUUCUUGUUGAAAGAACUCGCUUUGAUGCUGCUAUGCAGAGAAAUUGGACAAGCAGGGAUAAAUGUAAAGUCUGGUGGAAAAAUGAGGGUGAAGAAGAUGGCAGCUGGUGGGAUUGCCGGGUUGUGUCUGUAAAGCCCAAAUCUUCCGAGUUUCCAGACAGUCCAUGGGAGAGGUGCACUGUUAAGUACAAGAGUGAUCCCUCAGAAGAACAUCACCACAGUCCUUGGGAGCUUUUUGAUGAUGAUACUCAAUGGGAGCAGCCUCAUAUUGAUGAUGAGAUUAGGAACAAGCUGAUGUCUGCCUUAGCCAAAUUAGAGCAAUCAGGCAAAAGAGCACAGGACCGCUAUGGGGUUCAGAAAUUAAUCCACGUUUCAGAGAAGACUAAUUUUACAAACAGGUUUCCUGUGCCAUUGUCUCUGGAUCUGAUCCAGUCAAGGUUGGAGAAUAACUACUAUCGAACUUUUGAGGCAUUGAAGCACGAUAUUAGAGUCAUGCUUUCAAAUGCAGAGGUUCACUUUGCAAAGAAUGCAGACCUGGCUGCCAAAAUGAAACGCUUGUCAGAAUGGUUUGAACGGACGUUGUCAUCUUUGUAACCCCUCGUCAAGUUUUGUAGAGAUAUCAGUCGGCCGUCUGGGUUUUUCCUCUUCGUAGAUAAUUUUUUACCCCUUGUUUUUCUUUUAAAAAAAAAUAGAAAAAGAAAUUAUAAGAUUUCCUUUUUUCUUUUCCUCAAAUAGGUCCAGUUUUGGAAUGGGUUAUAUUCCCCUGUUUAGGCGAGAUAAAUUUAUCAUUGGAAAUUAGGCGAUUGCAGUGGGAAAGUUUCCGCUGGAAGAUUCACUUUUGUAUAGACAUGUUGAUUUUGCAUCAUCAUUAAUAAAUAUCAAGGUAUACAACAAUUUAAAUC